CUGCCUGGUGCUUUUAAUUUGGUUACUUUGCUCCACCUAUCUUCUUCAAGCCGCAUUCAUUCUUGCCAGAAAGUAUUGACUUCAAACUGUGCAGACACUACCCAUACCACAGCCAAUUUGACUGCAUACAAAUCCGAACCGGCUAAGUACUUCGCCUUCCAACUACAUUUCACUCUUCCUGCUUCUGCAACAUCAACGGACAAUUUCCAAUUGCCGCAAUCUGUUUUCUUCCUCCCCUCCAGUACUUCAGAAUUCAUUGGUACUGCUUUUUUCCAUCGAGUCAUCGGCUGUUGAUAAGCGGCCUAGCCUCUCUGUAUCGAACCUUGGCCUCCCAUAAAUUCUCCCGAACAGCUAUUCUCUUCCUUGUCCCACCACAAUCUCGAACGCCAAACACAGCCCACAAACAUAGCUAAUUUGAUCAGAAGAGCAUCAUCAGAAACCACCACACGCAACUUGAGCAAUAGUAUCUGUUCUCAUCUGAGAUCUCAAAUCUUUCUCUUGUGGCAACCCCUCCCACUUCAAAGCCUGCCGAUACCAGUCCCGACGUACAACACUUCUAUCGGGCUGCAGCACAAUUACCUCGCCACAAGCCAUUCAUCCGGCUGCAAAUCUAUCGACAUCUGCUGCAGAUUCUUAUCAAAGUCUCUCCGACUCUGGUGCUCGCAAUCGCACAGCAAAUUCGUUCCUCGAAGCCCUCAAUCAAAAUCAUCCACACGACAUACCUACCAGACACCUGUGUCCAAAAUGAACAGUCUCGCCCGCCAACAAAAGCAGGCUGCGUUUUUAGCUUCCACCCCUGCCCAGCAACAACGCACCGUUGACUGGGACUACAUUCACCGAUGCGAAAGAUGCAGCGCUUUACACAAGGUUUGCACAGGUGGCAAGCCAUGUCAUAGGUGUAAUACAGCAAGGGUGGAGUGCAUUGGCUUCCGAUCGGGACACAUGUUCCCUGAUUCCCUUUCUGAGAGUGAAGGAGAUGAUAAGUAUGGUAAUGAUGACGACGGGGAUGAUACAGGCGAUGCAGGCGAUGGAGCUGACCAAAGCGAUGGAGAUGACGGAGGAGAUGACGGCGAUGCUGGCAGCGGAGGAGAGAUUGACGAGGAGUUGGAGCAACAGACUGAAAGUGGCGAAGAAGAUGGCGAGCAAGAAGCUAAUCACAGCAUUGAGGAAGAAAAUGGAGAGACUGGCCAGAUAGACGUCGAAGAGGAAGCACCAGAGGUCGUGGACGACUAUCCGUAUGGGACAAUUGGAUGGUACCGACAUGAGCAAACAUCCUUGGCAAGGUAUAUUCGGAGUCUCUGGGACAGAAUGCCGGAAGACCAGCGACGAGAGCGGGUCAAUUCUGCAUGCUUGGAAUUCCGUCCAUGA